AUGGGAAUAACGACUCGACGUUUGUCCUCGGAGCAGCGACGCGACGGUCAUUCAAUCAUCGUCGGUCGGUCGGUCGACCAGUGGUCAGCAGUUCCAAAACCGCCGCCGUCGACUAUGACGAAAGGCGAAAGCCGCUGCGUGCCGUUCCCCUUUCAGUACUUAGUCGUUCGAAUUAAUGAACCGACAUUAUGGCUGAAAAAAUCAAUCAACGCCGCCAUCGCCGUUUCCUCCUUACUGUCUCGUCGCCUCGCUCCUCCGGCGGUGCCGCCUCGGCGACGGGCAUUCAUCACAGAGAGGUGA